UGUGGCGUCCCACUGCCAGGUUGGAUGCGGUGCGGCCUACCAGCUGGACGGGAAGCAGGGCUGCGAGUGGACGGCCGCCUGCCGCUACGCCGAGGCCGGCCGCGUGGUGGCUAUCCGCACAAGCAAGCUGCGCUCCUACACGACCAGCGUGGUGACGCCGAUUCCGAAGUGCCCCCACCACGUGCUGGUUGGCGCGGAGGUGGUGUGCGGCCAUGGCAAGGGCUGGACGGGGACGCUGGGCCUCGAGACGGCCUGCGUGCUGUUCAAGGGCAACACCCUGAAGGCACGCGUGACCAAGAACAAGGAGUGGGCGGUGGCCUACAUCGCAAAGCUUGCCGACAACUGGACGGCGGCCGUGACGGUUGACAAGAACCUGAGGCCCGGCGUCCUCCUGACGCACGCGUAG